ACAAAUGUUUGAUAAGAGGAGCAGUUGGGCCUACAUACAGACCCGACUGGUCUGUUUUCAGGCCAUCCACAGCACGGCUAUACAGGUCAGGGUAAAGUCCAUGCUCAUUCAACAUGUUCCACUACAUUACAUAAGUCGAGAAAAGGCAUCAGCAGUUUUAAUUGUUCAUAAUUGUCAUACUGUAUUUAAAAUUAAUUGGACAAGCUCAACACAAGUACAAGCACAACUCAAGACUCAAGUGUAAGUCAAGUUGUAAGUGUAAGGCAAGGCUAAGGGCAAGGGAUAAUGGAUAAGGACUGUGGCUGGGAGAGACAAUAGGUGAAAGCCUGAAAGGAAAACUCUACCGUCCACGAAGUUUUCUUAGAGAAGUGUGAGUUGUUGGUAUUAUAAUUCAGGCUAUCUCACUAAUCUCAGCAUUAUGUAAUUAGUAAUAAUGUAAUAAGGAGGCUUAUCUAGGGUUGCCAGAUACGUGGAGACCCAAAGGAGGACAUAAUAAAACAAAAACGAGGACAUUUUGAAUGUUUCAUUUGAGUCGUCCCGGAUUAAACUCACAGUCAGCACAAUUUUAUUGUAAUAGCUGCCAAUUAAGUGUAUCUUAAGCUUACUCUUAGUGAAUCGACCAAGAAAAAGUCACGUUAAAAAAAACAAAUUCAAUGGACGCUUUUUUCAAAAUUUCAAAAAACAUCAUUUAAAUAGCCAAUUGUACGGACAAGUAACUAUCGCAAAUUGCGUCCUUCAACGAAACAAGGAAAUUUAUUUUUCAUAGUGUUUGAGAAUUUGCAUUUUCUCUUUGUAGAAGCCAUUUUCCUAAACAUAGACGGCAAAAAUUACAAAUUAAAAAACAAUUAAAAUUUGCGUCUUUGUAGUCGGACCCGGAAAUAACAUUAACAUUUUGACCAUAGAUAAUACAGCACAGAGCUAGAUUGUGAGAAUGACCAAAUCGACAAGUUCGCAGAAAUGCAUAGACUUUGUACAUUGUAAAAACGUAAACAUACGAUGUAAUAGUUGUAACAACAAUACAUAAAAAUUAUAACAUUUAAUGUAAGAAAAGCAGGACAUUUUAAAAGAUUUUAGCUUGCCUGCCGGACGGAGAAUAUUGAGCUAAAAAGGAGGACAUGUCCUCCUUUUGCGGAUGUCUGGCAACCCUAGGCUUAUCAUAACUAAACUUUUUUUUAUGGAUGCACUGGACUUGUUGAAUGUUGCUGUUACUACAGCAGUUCAUUAUCAAUGUACUUACUUACUUACUCAUGCCUUUCUACCCCGUCUGGGGCAUAGGCCGUCUACAAGAAUUUUCCACUCAUCACGGUCCGGUGGUUUCCUUUCCCAUUGCUUCCAGGUGUAUCCCAUAUUUUGCAUGUCUGGCUCUGGCUCUCGUCUCCAUGUGUAUUCUGUCCAUUCUCAAGACACACUAAAACAUACGGUGAAUGAUCUUUCUCUUUCUGCCCCCCCCCCCCAACAAUGGAAUUCUUUGCCACUACACAUCCGCAAUAUACCAACCACCCAGGCAUUCAAAACUGUACUCAAAAACUCAAGACACACUAAAACAUACGGUGAAUGAUCUUUCUCUUUCUGCCCCCCCCCCCCAACAAUGGAAUUCUUUGCCACUACACAUCCGCAAUAUACCAACCACCCAGGCCUUCAAAACUGUACUCAAAACACAUCUCUUUAAACUAUAACUACCCUGACUGAUUCACUUCCUCUGACCGAUAAAUGAUCUUGGCUGCUGUCCAUGGUUUGCCUUGUAUAAGUCCUGGGGUUCAUGCUGUUCUUUACUUCAUUAUUGUAUUUUAUUUUAAUGUCAUGAUUAUGUCUCUUUUGAUAAUAUUUUUAUGUACAGCGCGGUGAGCCUAGGGCUAUAAAAGACCACUAAUAAUUAUUAUUUUCUAUGCCUUCCUCUCUUUCUUUUUCCCUGUGGGUUCCAUGUUAGGCAUUGUCUGGUGGUGCUAUCGGGGGGUUUUCGGAGCAUAUGCCCAAUCCAUCUGCAUCUUUUCUUUAUGAUAUCUUCAUCGAUGGGCACCUGGUAUGUCCUUUCUAGUAAAUCCUUGUUGGUGAUAGUAUUUGGCCAUUUGAUGUGCAGGAUCUUUCUAAGGCAUUUGUUUAUGAAUGUCUUCACUUUCUGCAUAAGGCUCACAGUUGUUUUCCAAGUUUCUGCACCAUAUAGUAGGACAGUUUUGACAUUGGUGUUAAAGAUUCUGACUUUGGUUUGCAGUUUCAGCUCCUUCGACCAUAUUUUCUUUAAUAGCACAAAUGCUGAUCUAGCUUUUCCAUUUCUGGCCCUUACAUCCUCUUCAGAUCUGCUAUUUAUGUCGAUGGUGCUGCCUAAGUAUGUGAAGGACUCCACUUCUUCCAGUGCCUUUCCUGUCAGAGAGAUAUGCUCUUGGUUGGCUGAGGUUAUCUUCAUGAUCUUCCUCUUGCUUUUAUUUAUAUUGAGUCCGAACUGUGCUGAAAUGGUGGUCACGUCUUUCAUCUUUUCCUGCAUUUUUGCUGGUUGUGGUACAGAAGUGCAAUGUCGUCUGCAAAGUCUAAAUCAUUCAGUUGUUCCCAGAGUGUCCACUGUGUCCCAUUCCUCUUUUCGUCCGUGGAUUUUUUCAUUAUCCAGUCAAUGGCAGGGAUGAAUAGAAAUGGGGGCAAGAGGCAUCCUGUUUCGACUGUUAAGGAAUCUGUGAGUCUACCUUCGUGGACCAGCCUGCAUGUCAUUUCUUCAUAAGAGCUCUGAAUGAUCCCGAUUAGUUUCCCUGGUACUUCAUAGUGUAGAAGAAGUUUCCACAAGGUUUGUCGGUCCAGGCUAUCAAAGACGCAACAUCUGCUCCUUUUAUUACUCGUACAUCUUGUAGAGACUUUCUAAACUUUUUGCUGAUACAUAUGUGAUCUAUCUGGUUUUGCAUUUUGUUGUCUGGGGAUACCUAUGUUAUCUUGUGGAUGUUUUUAUGUUGAAAUUCGCUUCCUCCAAUAACAAGUUCAUUUGUUGCGCAGAAGUCUGCUAGUCUUUCUCCGUUCUCAUUCCUCUCUCCUAUACCGUGGCGUCCCAUGAUUUCCUCAUACCCACAGUUGUCUUUUCCAAUCUUGGCUAUUAAGAUGUUCUGGUCUCUAUUUUAUUGCUUGCAGUCUAUUGUAGAAUGUUUCUUUCUCUUCUUCUUUAAUAUCAUUGGUGGGUGCGUAACACUGUAUUACGUUCAUCCUUAUUUUCUUUUUCUUGGUUCAGAAGGUUGCUGAUAUUAUUCUUGAUCCAUGGGCUUCCCAACCAAUCAAUGCAUCCUGUGCCUUCUUUGACAACAUCAAAGCGACUCCUUGCGUGUGCGGAGCAUUUUCAUCCUCAUGCCCCGAGUACAUUAGCAUUUCCCCAGAGGCCAAAGUUAUUUUUCCAGCUUGUAUCCAUCUUGUUUCACAGAUGCCAAGCAGUGUAAGUUUGUAAGAUCUCAUUUCUGCUGCCACCUGCACUGCUUUCCCUGUUUCAUACAUGUUUCUGACGUUCCACAUGCUUAUGUUUCUGACGUUCCACAUGCUUAUGUUUGUUUCCUUAGAAAGAAGGGUCUUUGGCUUUGAGGCUUCCAGUAUAGCCUGGGUUUGGCCACAAGGCUUCAUAGCUCUUCUUGGAAAAGAAGAGUCCUCUCUUCUGAAAUUUGUUGGUUUUUUCUUAUUGAUGUUUCUGUAGCAAUUUGUUUUUACGAGUGAGGUAGCUGGCCUCAUGCAAACCCUCCUCCUUUUGCACCCAGGCUUGGGACCAGCCUUGGCGGAGUUCAUUAUCAAUGUGCUUUUUACUAAAAAAAUUUAUUUAACUGAAAAAAGCAUCAUUAUCAUAUUCUUGAUGAAGGAUAAUUUCAAACUCUUAAAUAAUGCCUUGUAUAUUUAUUUAUAUAGUCGUAGACCGAGACUUGGGUAUCACCAGAGAAAACCUGUAAAUCUGGUAUUGUAAUUUCAUUGUCUUAAUGGCAAUCUCCACAUUUAAAUUUACUACCAAGGUUAUUGUUGUUAAUAAAUACUACAUUAUUUAAAACCUACAUUUUGAUAGUUCAGUUGAGAAUUCAUUUGAAUUUUUUGUUGAGGUUUAAGAAUUAGGAGUGGGCUUGAAAAGUGGACAAAACAUGCAUACAAGUGACACACUUUAUAAGAAUCCCAAUUAGAGUCGUGCCUCCCCCCACCCCCCGCUCGCUACAUCACAUUUUUUUUCACGCCCUGAACUGUACUAAUAUUAUAAUGACCUUUUACACCGCAGAUUUAUUUCACCUUCUAUUUCAGAUAAAGAAAAUAUUACGCACCAAAUGCACUCGCGAUAUACUAUUUUAAGAAUCUCAUUAGCGCAGCUAUCUCGUGAAAUCAUUGUCAUUAUAUUUCCCUCAUCUCCCAGUUGAAAAAAAGGAAAAACUGUUUUUUGGGGGUUCAAGGGUGGGGCUGAAAAUUUGAUAGAAUGUGUUGUCAUCUGCAACGAUUCUAUGUGCAAAGUUUCAGCUCCAUAGGUUGAUGGUAAGUGGGUCAGUAAGCCGUCUGAAGAUUUUGCCAGCCAGCCAUGAACAAAAGUGAAGUUAAUAUAAAAGAUUUAAAAAUGGGUAAACUUUACUGAUCAAUAACUUUUUUUUAAAACACUGAUCAAUUAUUAAAAAAAUUGUCCUUAAGUUUAUGAUGUCAUCAAUUACAUAUCCAAAAUUCAUGAGAACAGACCUUAUGCCAGGGGUGUCAAACUCCAUCCCUCGGCGGGCCAAAACUCAAACCACAUGUUAAGGUUGCAGGAUAAACAUUCAAUAAGCGAAAAAUUAAUAUUUUAAAAAAAAAUAUUUAUAUAAAUGAAAACAGAAAAAAGUUUUAAUGAUUAAAAAUCAUUGGCAUACCCAAUUUCGUUCUAAUGCAAAUUUGUCAGAGUUGGAUGUUUGGCACAUGUUCAUGGCUACAAAAGCAAUUAAGUUCGUUUAUGUUGGGUGUUAUGUUCUGUGUCAUUAAGAUUCUCAUGAUGGACUGCAAGUGUUCAUCAGUGAGACGACUCCUGUGUGAUGUUUUGUUAAUCUUCAUCACAGAAAACAGCUGCGCUCACAUAUAUGUGCUACCAAACAUGUUCAAGGUUCGAGCACCAUGUAGAUGAAGCUGGGGCAUCUCUUAAGGAAUGAAAUGAGUGAACUGUGUAGGCCCCACAGUGCUGUACUUUGCCUUUAGUGUCCAAUUACACUGCAACUUUAUUAGCUCCAUCUUCAAAUUUACAGGUGCAGUUUCCACGUCCAUGACAAUUGGGUUACGAAACAGCUCGAAAUUACUGUUCUGGUCUUCAAAGUCACUAAAGCGCUCUGCGAACUCAGCGCGAAGUAAGCUAAGUUUUUAGCAAAGUUUGCAUUGGGAAACACCAUAGCGUUGACUUGGAUAUUCAAGACCUUGCGGGCCUGAUAUAAUUGUAUGGCAGGCCCGAUGUGGGCUGCGGGCCUUGAGUUCGACACAUGUACCUUAGGCAUUAGUUAAAGAGGUCAAAAAUGAAAAAAAAAAAAAGGUUUCUAUUUUAGGCUAAUGUAAUGUUUCACUAUGGUGAACAUGCUUUUCAGCAUAUUACCUAUUGUCUCUAGCAGCUGUGGGGUAGUUAAUAAUUCAUUAAAUUGAUUAUCCAGCACAUAAAUAGGAAGGAUAGCUAAUGAUAAUUCAUUUAAAAUAUAUUAAAAAAAAUUUUUCACAUAAAUAAUUACAAUUGGCUUAUCAAUGGUAUUAAUUUUGAGAUUGGUUGCCAUGGAAAUGGCAUUGAUAACCACUUUUCUUUGACUUAAAUAGACCUUUUAAAUGUAUUCAAAUAUUUAUUAUAAAAUAACACAGAAUGUAAGCUAUUUACAUAAUGAUAUUAUAUUAUUAUGCUCAUAUUAAUUGUUUUUAUGUAAAUUAAAUAAAAACUUACUUUUCAUAUUGAAAUAAUUAAAUAUAUACUCAAAGUCACCACAUUUAAAUAUUUCACAAAUAAUUAGACUAUUUCUAAUAAUUACUAAGAAGUCUAAAAAAUGAAUUUCCAAAGUUGUCCUCUAAAGAAAGCAAAACACAUUAAUCAUUAAUCCAAAGAAUUCCACUAUAUAUUUUAAUAUAAUCCACAGGUGAAUAAUAAUACUGGCUCAUCUGUCAUCUUUCAAAUGAAUCUCAACAGCUUGAGUCUAAAAUUUAGAUCCUGUUGUAGCCUAUUUAUUCAGUUUAAGCUAUUGUUUAUGGGUCAAAUGACUCCAAAGAAUAUCAAAAUUUUGCUUGAACUCAAUGAACCGAAAAUAAGAAUAAAUGUUUGCAACUUUAAAUUUUUGUAUGUAGAAUGUAUGGCUUAUUCCUUGAUUUUGAUUUUGUGAGAAUCACUGAUAAUUUAUUUUAUUCUCUACUAUGAAAACAAGUAAUUGCUUGCCAUUGUAAAUUAAUAAGUUGUAAAACCACGCCAAAUUUGAGCUUUGCAUCUGUAACAUUAAAUAAGUUAUGAUAAUUUGUUCACUUCAAAAAUGCACACUUUAUUGAAUUUAUAUUCGAAAAGUAGUAUAUUACUUUCUAAUUAUAAUUUAAAUGAGAAAAUGCUAUUCAUUUAUUAAUAUAAAAUAUUAUCAACACAUCCUGUAAAUAUGACAUCUUUAUAAAGAGAAAUAUGCAAGAAACAUGGUUGAAAGUAAUGGGCUAAAAAUGUGGAGGACAACUCAUUGGUAAACAAAGUAACUUCUAAGUCUGCACAAAAUAUUCAUUAACAUUAAAUGACUUGAGCUAGAAAGUUGAUCUUAUCGUUUUUGUAAACCAUUUAAUUGGCUCUAUUAAUCUGUUUUGCAUUAAUAUUUUUAGAAAUAUUUUGAAAAUUUGACCAAAGUAUCUGCAUAAAAGUAAAAUUAUACGGUAAAUAAUAAUUUACCACAUUAUCCACCAGAGACCAUAGUGUUAGGCCUGCUGAGUCUGUUAGCAUUUGGCUUAGCAUGUGUCUAUAAAAAUAAAAACAAUUAAUUGGAGAUUUUCUUAAAUCAAUAUAUUGUGUUCAAAAUCAAAUGGUUCAGAAAUGAUUAGCAAGCAAUGCACCAUUGAAUUAACUUUAAUUUAUAAUAGGAUUAGUAAAUAAGAGUGUUAAAGUAUCACUUUUUUUAGUGUCUUUUAUAAUUUUUGCUAAACUUGAGUUUCAUUAGCAUAUUGAACACAACAGACAAGAUGGGUAAAUGAUGGAUGCAUAAUACAAUGAUUCAUUUGAAAUAAAAUAUUUAAGCUUUUAAUUUUAAACUUAUCGAUUCCCAAAAUAUUUUAAUACACAAGACAAAACAUAAUAAAAACCCACUGGUAAAAAAAAAAUUUUUAUUGGAUGAUUUGAUCCAUAAAUUUUAAAAGAACAGAGAUAAUUUUUAAUAAAUAAAAAUCUGAUAUCAUUCUUAUUACAAACAAAUUAUUUGAGAAGUGUGGGGUUGUCUGCUUUGACUUAUAUAUAUAUAUAUAUAUAUAUAUAUAUAUAUAUAUAUAUAUAUAUAUAUAUAUAUAUAUAUAUAUAUAUAAUAAAAAAAAAUAUAAUCUCAUAUAUAAAUAUAUAUAUAUAUAUAUAUAUAUAUAUAUAUAUAUAUAUAUAUAUAUAUAUAUAUAUAUAUAUAUAUUAAAAAAACAAAUAGAAUCUCAUAUCUAAUGAUUCUAAUUGAAAGAAAUAAGUCUCACUUUUCUAGUUUGUGAUAUUUAAUAAUUACAGCUGAUGUACAUUGUUAAACAACAUUAUUUCAAGUAAAAUUGCACAGAAAUAAAUAGUUCUCUAAUAAGGAUGUCAAACUACUUAUACUGCGUUUUAUUGUUUUUAUUAAAUAAGUCUAGUUGCUUGCUUUUAUUUUCAUUCAUUUCUAUCAUUUAUCCCACCUUCUUUCAUGCAUACUCCUCUCUUUCAUGAUUCAAAUCAGAAAAGCAAGUAGUGUAUGAUUUGACUAGCAAAGUUCCACAACUUAUUUUUUAAUUUAAUUUGUAGAGGUAAUAAUACAAUAUAGCUAUAAAGUGCAAGCAAUUAUUAUUCUACUUAUGCCUAAGAAAGAUACAUUUUAUUACCCAAUAUAAAGAAAAAAUAACCAAAUCAAACAAUGGCAAACUUAUUUAUAUUUUGCAGAGUAAAAUAAGACAUCCUUUUUUAGCUGCCAGUAUUAAUUGAAAAUGUCAACAAGGGUCAUAACUCUAGCCAGCAGGCUUUUCAAGGUUAGUAUAGUUAGUCUUAAUUAAUGUUUUCACAUUUUUCAAGUUUCAACAAGUUGUAAUGGUUUUAAAAUAAAAAAAUGUAUUACAUUUAAAACAUAAUUCUAGAACAAUUUUUAACACCUUCAAACACUGAAUUGAUUACACUUUUUUAUAGAAUCUGAUCAAACACCUUUAAAGAACUGAUUGAUGACACCUAUUUUUCUCUCUUAUGCCUUUUUAUCCCGUCUGGGACAUACACUGUCCACAAGAAUUUUCCAUUUAUCAUGGUCCUGUGCUUUCCUUUCCAGUUGAUUCCAGGUGUAUCCCAUAUUUUGCGUGUCUGCCUUUAGCUCGUGUCAUAUUCUUUGGCCUUCCUCUCAUCAGACAGUCUCUAUUUUAUUUUUAUAGAAUCUGAAAUAGUUUUUUCCUUUUCAGCCAACAUCAUCAACUUUUUGUAGUUCAAGUUUUGGAGUCCCCAUCAGUCUCACUUGUAAAUAUUUCAGCCAAUCUGCUGUUACCAGACAGCUUGAUAUCUCGGGAAUAUUUCCUCCUAUUCCCACACCAUUCAAUGAAGAUGAAAGUAUAGCAUAUGAUAAACUAGAAAGCAAUAUGAAAAAAUGGAAUAAGAUUCCAUUUUCAGGUAUUUUUCUUAAUUAAACUUUAAAGAAUAUGUUAUGUAUGUUUUAUUUAAUUCUAAUUUAAAAGAAAAAUACUGUUACCUAGUAAAAGAUAAAAUAUCCUUGAAACCAAAAUAUUUUAAUAUCAAAAUAUCAAACAAGUUAUGGAUAAGUUGGUUUAUUUAGAGGCAUCUUUCGGAUGAAAUAUAUGAAAAUUUCAGAUUUUUCUUUUUCCUAAUAAUGUGGUCAUUAUAUACGAUCUUUCCACUUUUAAUAAUUAUUUUUUUUAACAAAGGGAAGUCCUGUGGUAAGUGUGUGUAGUUAUCAUGAGUCAUCUUUACUCCCUAAGGUUAUGUGGUGCAGGGUUCUAAUGGAGAGUGCUGCUUCUUAACAUGGGAUGAACGCAUACAGAUGGUUAAAGAAACAAAACGACUUGCUGGUCCUGGCAAGUUAAUCAUCGCUGGAUCAGGAUGUGAAUGUAAAUAUGGAUUAUAUUUACUCUUGUUAUCUGUAUUUAAUAAACAGUGGCUCAAAUGGUUAAAACAUGUUUGAAAGAGAAAAAAAAAUGACUUGAUGUAUAGAUUCAAAGCAUUUUGAGACUCUGCAAAGGUUGGAUGUGUUUUUCUCUCUUGCCUCGAAAUUAACAUAUUACAUCCUUUAUUCGUGUAUUAUUAAAAUGAUAUUAUUUAAUAACUUUACUGUCAAAUAAUAUGGGAUAAUCAAGCUAUACUGCCUUGAGCUAUUUUGUACAAUUUCAGCCACUAGGGACACAAUAUCACUCACCAAACUAAUGGCAGAGGCAGGAGCCCAGGCAGUACUGGUUGUUAAUCCAUUUUACUUUAAGGCCAGCAUGAACUCAGAUGCACUGAUUGCUCACUUUACCAAAGUAUUUCUUUUCCAAUGUAUAGUAUUAGUUUAACUAUGUGCAAUUUAGUCAGUAUGUAUCAGGCCUAUAAAUAAUUCUCUUAAAAUAUUUUUCGUACAUGUAAUAACAAUAUUUUUGCUACUAAUUUUUCAACAGUCCUUUACUACUCUACUAAUUAAGUGCUGUUGCACACAUUUUGUCAUGUGAUACCAGCCUUAAACUUUCUGCUACCAGGUGGCUGAUGAGGUUCCUGUCCCUGUCAUAUUGUAUAAUGUACCGAGCAACACAGGAAUGGAUAUUCCCCCAGAUGUAGUGAUUCGACUCUCCCAACAUCCUAAUAUCAUUGGCAUGAAAGAAAGUGGUGGAGAUGUGAGUCAUAUGCUUCGUACAUUUCUGUUUGUUUCAUAAGGUGUUUAAAAAAAUGGUUUAGGGGCCAUCCAUAGAGUAAUAACGCAUUGAGGGGGGACGGAGGUGUCAGUUUUGAAGAGUUUGCAUACGCCUGCCUGGGGGAGGGUCUCGCCAGAAAGUACCUACAUUUAUUUACAUAACUUUGCAAUAAUUAUCCAUAAGUUAUGACAGUCCAUAAAAAGUAUAUUUAUAAUUCUAAUGCUUUAAAAUAUCGGGAAAUGUUUUGUAAGAAUUACAGUCAUAAUUUUGCCAUGUUUUUUCAUAUGUGAACUUGCUAGAUAUGGCUCUAGUAGUCGUAAUAGUGAUAUUUAAUCCACGUAUAUUCCGUGGGCGUGUGACGUUCUGUUUGGCUACGCCAGAGGUUCCAAAUAUUUUUCAAUUCUCAGCAUCCUUGCCAAUUUUACGUUUUCACCAGGUGCCCUGUGUUAAAUUCUAACAUGUACACUUCAAAACAGCAAAUGCAUUUUCAAAAAAUAAAAUAAGGGGUUGGGCGAAAUAGAUAUAAGUAUGUAGGUCACUAAGCGUAAUUUAGCAACUGCAAACAGUAAUUUAUGAAUUGAGUUACUGUUUUCACCAGGCUCACUCUAUGUCAAAUUAAAAUUAUGAAAAUUGUGUAUUACUACUUGGGUAGUAAUAUGAGGAAGCCCUGGAAACCAAGGGCAGGGCUGUGCCAAAGCAAAGCCGCACGCAGCCAGGAUAAAGCCUGAAAAGAUGCCCCUCAAUAUAUAGAAAAAAGUGACACCCAGUAAAAAGAUGAUUUUUUUGGCGCCCCUUACCUUUGUGAAGCUCAUAGGAUUUUAAAGUUUAUUCACUAUUCAGGCCUUAUCUGUAGAUGAAUUGCACCCCACCCCCACCCCUUCUUGAUGUUGUUGCCCAGGGCAAGUGUCCCCUUUUCAUGGCCCUGCAACAAGGCAUUGUGACAUAUAAUUUGGGAACCACUGGGCUCACCAAACAGACUGGCCUGAAAACCUGUAACAUAUUUUUAAAAAGCUUUACAUUAUACAUUACAUUAUAAUUGGCUUAGAAAUAAAUUAUUUUAAAAAAAAAUUAUUUUGUGGUGGAUGGGGAGAAGGGGGGUAGAAAACUCUUGUACAUACACAAAAGGGUGUGUCCCAAAAAAGUAAGAGUAAAACAGGGGAUGUUGCAAAAUCACUUUUUUGUGUAUGCAUUAUAUGGAUGGCCCCUUGUGGUUUUAGAUACCUAUGUAUCGCUGUAUAUAUUUUCAUGUUAAAAAAGGCUUUAAAAAAACCCACCAAAUUCUUUUGUUUGUAAAAUUGGACCGUUAUUCUGAAGUGUGCGGCUAUUACUAAGCUUGGUUUUCUUUAAUCUGAAGAAAUUCUAUUACAGAUCACUCGAAUUGCUUCUCUUGUGUAUGCAACAUCAUCAGCUAAAUUUCAAAUUUUGGCUGGAUCUGCAGGUUUUUUAUUGGCAGCUUAUCAUGUUGGUAAGAAAUUUUUCUUUUGAGUAAAUGGUUCUUAUCAAACACUCUACACAAAAAUCCAUUUCAUACACUAUUAUUUUGUGAAGAACUCUUUUCUUUUAAGGAUUUGAAAGUGAGUUCUUGAAAUAAUUUUUGUGUGAAUGAGUAUACAAAUUUGUCAUUUUAAUAAACAUGUGAAAUAUGUCUGUAAAAGUUUUAACUAAUCCCUACAUUUGUAAAACAAUAUAGAAAACAAAGUAAAUAAUAAGUACGUGUUUUUAUAUUGAUUUACAUGAAGCUUCAUAUUGUAUGAUCAUGUAAUAUGGUUUUAAUAAUCCAAUAUAAGCUGUCUUUUUUUACAUUUAUUUUUACAUGUAUAGCAACAACUUUAAAAAAACCCACACAAUUACUUUAGGUUGUGUAGGAGGCAUUUGCGGUGCUGCAAAUGUUAUAGGUGAGGAUGUUUGCAAAUUGGCUCAGCUAUCCAAAUCAAAUGAUCUCAAAUCUGCCAUGGACCUACAACUCAAAAUAGUUGGCCCUAACACUUGUGUAAGUUCUUAGAUUUAAAGUAACAAAUCUUACCUACAUUUUUGUUACACAACAUUGAUCUUUUGAAAUUAUUUUAACUGUAUUUAUUUUUUUUGUCACUUCAAUAAACCAUUUUUUUUACUUACAACAGUGGCUUCCAACCUGUGCCCCUCAUGCAUUUCUCAUGGGCUCCGUGGCCACUCAAGGAAACAAAAAAACCCCCAUUAAAAUUCAAUUGUAAGACAUGGGGAAGGCCUCAUGGGCUCCCCCAUAGAAAUUGAUGCUAAAAAGGGCUCAGCAUCUCAUAAAGGUUGGGAACCACUAGCAAUCCUAUAUCUGGAGAUUUUAAAAUAUAUUAUAGAAGAUGUAUUUUAAUUAUUUUUUUUUAGAUAACACGGCGAUUCGGUGUACCAGGACUAAAAACUGCAUUGGAGUGGUUUGGUUAUUAUGGUGGCCCAACACGUCUGCCUCUUAUACCACUAAAGACGGAAGAAAUUGAUGCCAUGAGACUCAUAUUCAAAAAGUCAUUGUAUCUGUAGUGGACAAUGGUUUUUUCAAUGAGAUUACCUGUAUAAAAGUCAUAAUGUUUGGAUCUUAUAAAAGCAGAUCAAUAUUUUCAUACAGCUUAUAAGUGGCUAAAUGAAAUUGUUGAGCUUUGGUUGUCACACAUAAGUCAGUGUUUUAAUAGAUCGGAUAAGCUUCUUGGAAAUAUUAUUUUAAAUGUAAACAUCAAAACAUAUUAUCAUCUGGAUAAAGUUAGGUAUAAUGUUUAAAUUUAUAAAUCGUAAUCAUACAUGCCAACCCGUGGGAUCAACAACUCACCAAACUGCACAACACCACCAAAAACUGGAGUUAAAAAAAGGAUAAUUUAUAACUUCUUUUCACUUUUAUUUAAUUAAACAUAUUUUGUUUUUUUGAAUGCAUGCAAUCUUUGCCUUGUCUUGAUUAGUUUGAACCCCAAAAAUGUUAUUUAUUUUUGCCAUGGAAACUAGAUGUGAAUGCAAUGCAAUUUUCAAUUAGAUCUCUGUCCUUGUAACUUUUCCCAAAAGAUCAUAUACAUGGUCAUGAUGGGGCUGAGAAAAUAAGGAUUUAUUAGUGGUAGAAUCUCUCUUCAUUGGCUCCUAGUUUUGUUAGAGCAACCAUGUUUCAAAAUGUGCUUUUAAUUUCAUACUUGCCCGAGGCAAGCCAUUAAAUGUCUAUUUUGUAAAAUGCAUGUGAUGAUCUGAUUGAUUAAAGCAUGUAUAAUGCCAGGAUAUUUGGUCACCCGCUUACUUUUAAGAAACGACCCUAGUGCGUGUCUUAUUUCAACUUUACCCGCUUAAGAAAGUUUAGUGUUAACACGCUAAAUUUACUCAUGCCGUUGCAGAAGACUUGUAAUAUACAUAAUUACUAAUUAAAAAAAACUAUUGUUAUAGUGAUAUUAAAUGCAUUUUACAGAAAGUAAAAGAACCUUUACUGACAUUGCAGUUUUUGCUACAAUUAUUGUACAAAUGGAUUUGCAAUAGGGUUUAUUUCUCAAAGUAGGCAUUAUAGUAAGGAUUCCCUUAAUUGCUACUGGUAUAUUAUGUAGAUAUGGGCCGAACAUUGCUCAGAUUCUAAGUCCUAUGAUGAGACAGCCUACCAUUAACAUAAGCCAAAGGACAUUUUGAAUAGACCAAUAGCAUUUCAGCUACCUUUUGACCUACGAUGAAUAUAUUGUGCCGUGAGCACAAAAUACAUUUAUUUUUUUUAUUUUUUUUAUAAAUCCUUGAAAAACUGUAGUAAACCUUUUAAAAUGCCUAAAACCUAUACAAAGUAGAUGUAAACCUGAAAAAGUAUGGGUAAACUGUGCAAUGUAGAAGUAAACUGAACAGGUUGGCAUGUCUGCAUAACAUUAGAAAGAAUUUAGACAUUAUACAAUGUUAUUGUUAUCAUAAGUUGAUGGAAUUAUUAUUAAUAUAAUUUGUAUUUAACCAGAUGCAUUAUUUGUUUGGAAUAAUUUAGUUGGGAAUACAGGUUACAUAUAUACCUGACUAAAGCUUAUUAUUUGUGUAUUACUUAAAGCCACUUGUAAAAUAACGAAAUCAUUGUUGAAUACAACUGAUACUACUUAUUUUAAAAAUUGUUUCUCUUAAAAUAAAUAGUUUAACUUUGGUAACGUUUGCUUAACUGUUCUGAUUAGGAAUCUAAAGAUUCACAAUGAGGACAUACUAUCCAAUUUUAUAUUAACCAAAUAAAUCCUUGCUCAUGCAUCUCAUUACUUAAGAAAAUUAAAUUUUUUAAAAUGUAACAAAUAAGUUUGAAUUAUCUGCAUUUAGCACUUAAGUGGCAGCUAACACAAAACUUCAAUUAUUUUACUGUGAUAAGUUUUAAAAAUUUGUUUAUAUACAGUUGUUAAACGGAUACAGUAUUAACAUUUCUUAUACCACAAUAUUUGUGAAGAAAAUAACUGCUGUUAUUAAAAUAAAUUUUUAAAAAGGGCAAAGGUUAUAUUUUCAUCUCAACAUGAUGAUUGCACAAGCCUUCAAAAUUAACAUUUAAAAAGCCAUACUAUUUUCUUAAAUCUGGGAUGAUAAAUUUUAAUAUAUUGUUUGGUUCAGUUUGCUUUUUUGGAAAGACAAGAUCAUUGGCACAAAAAGUUUGAGAAUUUUUUGCUUAAUUUCAUUUCUGCUUUAAAUAAAAUACAUAAACAUUU